AUGCCUCCUUCGAAGCGGCGCAAGCUCAGCCCGGAGCCUGAGGAAACACAGGGCGGUGCGGGGGAGACUCUAGGAACACCUCAGACGACACAAGAGUUGGAUCGAGAUGGGAUUCGAGCAGCAACACCCCCCGGCGGGAAUCAGUCAGAUAACGAUAAAGAAGACUCGACUUCCGAGCGCAAAGAGACAGCUACCGACAAUGCCUCCACUGCCGCCACCAUCCCAAACACCAUAAAUGCAGACCGACUCGCCCGAUUUGCGGCACUGAAAUCGCGCGCCACUCAGUCCGCAAAGUCCAAUCUCGCCGAGGCCAAAGCGGAAGCCAACCGCGCAGCCAUGGACCCAGCGCUGCUCGCCAACCUCAAUAGACGCUCCGCAAUCGCGCAGCACAACCUCCUCAAAGCAGACACCGAAGAAGACGAGGGCAAGGGGGCUUUCGAGCGUAAGCGAGCUUGGGACUACACCAUCGAAGAAAGUGAGAGAUGGGACGAGAGGCAGGAACGGAAAAAGGCCGCGAGGGACAACAAUGCGUUUUCGGAUUGGAGCGACGAGGCUGCCAGGAUGUACGAUCGCCAGAUUCGUGAGUUGGAGAAGAACUCUCUCAAAGACGGCGGUCGCAACCGCGAAGAUUACGAACGACAGAAAGCGGAAAUCAUCGAAAACGCCGCACGCACGGGAGGGUUGGAGAUUGUGGAAAUGGACAACGGCGAACUCGUCGCCAUCGACAAAGACGGCCGGUUCUACGCGGACCACGACAGUCUGGGCUUCGUGGAACAGAAGCCCAAACGGGAGAAUGUGGAUCGCCUCGUGAACGACCUGAAGAAGGCAGAGGAGGCGCGGUUCAAAAAGAGAAGAGAAAGAGGGCGGGACGUGGACGAAGGGGAUGUCACGUAUAUCAACGACAAGAACAAGCAGUUUAACCAAAAGCUGGCGAGGUUCUACGACCGGUAUACGAGGGAUAUCAGGGAGAGUUUCGAGCGAGGCACCGCCAUGUAA